AUGGGUCCACAGCAUAAACAGCAGAAUAUCCCAGAACGUUCUGGAAUGUUCCAGAAUAACACAAGAGUGGGCACGGUCUCAGCCCAGCGGGUGGUUUCGGUUCAGCCCGGUCCGCUGAUCCGGACGGAGGGCUCUCACGUGACCAUCUGGUGCAACGUGACAGGCUACAAGGAGGGGAUGCAGCAGGACUUUGAGUGGUCGAUGUACCUGCACACGGCGCCGGACCGCGAGAUCCGCAUCGUGAGCUCGGCUCAGCCCAACUACGCCUACGCCGUCUACGCCCAGCGGGUCAACAACAAAGAGAUCUACAUUGAGAGGAUGAGUGGAGAUUCUUCCCUGCUUCACAUCACCAAACUGCAGGCCAAAGACGAGGGCAUGUUCGAGUGUUACACCCCCAACACCGACGGGGCGUACCUAGGCUCCUAUAGCGCCCGGACAAACCUCACCGUGAUCCCGGACACGCUGAGUGUGACCGCACCUGCACAGACUCUCUCCAAGAUUGAGGGUGACACGCUGCAACUGACGUGUGAGGUCACCAGACAGACUGCCCAGCACACACACCUGGCAGUGGGCUGGUACCUGCGGUCACCUGACGACCCUGACGCUUCCCCGCGGGACCUGGUAACCCUGUCGCGGGACUUUGUUUUAAGGCCCGGGGGUCCGUACCGUCAGCGGCUGUCCUCGGGCGACUUGAGGCUGGACAAGACCAGCGCCACGUCUUACCGUCUCACCAUCUACAAGCUGCAGCCAGCUGACCAGGGUCUGCUCUACUGCGAAGCCUCGGAGUGGAUCCAGGAUCCCGACCGCUCCUGGAUCGCCAUGACCCGCAAGCAGUCGGACAAGACGUCAGUCAAAGUUCAGCCCACAGAUCGGGACUUCAGCAUCCAGGUGACCACUGAGCGCCGGGCCUACACGGCAGGUGAGCCGCUGGAGCUCCGCUGCACCAUUGACGCUCAGAACGUUCCGGAGCGUUUCUUCUCGGUGUCGUGGGUUUUCAGCAGCUCGCCUGUGGCCGUGGUGGGCCCCAGCGCCGUGCCCGUGCUCGGACCCAACUACAUCGAGCGCGAGGCUGCCGGACUGCUGACCGUCCGCAAAGAGAGCGCCAACGUCCACCUCCUCAAGCUGCAGCGCCUGCUCCCGGAGGACGCCGGAAAAUACAUCUGCCGUGUGACGGAGAGAGAAAAGACGCCCACCGGAGACUUCAUCGACCGCAGCAAAAGAUCUCGAAACGUCCAGAUCACCGUUACUCCCCUGAGGAGUAACAUCACAGUCUCUCUGUCCAGUAACUCGUCCGAGGUGCUGGAGGGAGAGACAAUCCAGCUGACCUGUUCUGUGCAAGCUACCGUUGGUCCUCUGUCGGUAGCCUGGCAGUGGACAGAUAAAGAAGGUACCAGCCCGGCAUUGGACUUGGUCGCCGUGGACAGGGACGGUACCGCGCGACCGGGCCCAAACUACCGCGAGCGCAGCAGCUACGGCGAAGUCCGGGUGGAGCGAGUCCGUCCCGACACCUUCACCCUAGCGCUCCAUAACGCUGUCCCCGCGGACGAGGGCCAGUACCGGUGCACGGUGACCGAGUGGAGCCAGAGCGGAACCGCUCCAGAUUGGACCUGGCAGCAGAUAGGAGUGCAGUCUGCCACCAGAGACCUGUCCGUCAAAUCUGUCGAAUCGUCUUUUUUCGUGUCGGCCUCUUCCCGCACGCCCAGCGUGACGUUCGGUGAUUCGUUCGACCUCCAGUGCAUCGUGAAGCCUCGGCACAACCCCAGUGUCCCUGCGUCCGUCACCUGGCGCUUCCAGCCAGCAGAGGGCGACGGCGAGUUCCGGGACCUGGUGACGUUCACCCGAGACGGAACCCUGCAGUGGGGAGAGCAGCUGCUGGGGCUGGGAACCCGAACCAUGGUGGACCGGACCCCCACCAACACCAACUUUCGCCUCAGCGUGACCCGGGCAGGCCGCAAGGAGGCGGGCACUUACCAGUGCGCUGCCCGGCUGUAUCGGAGAAACUACGACGGCACCUGGACCACGGUGGCUAACCGCACCUCCAACUUGCUGGGCAUCAGUGUGUUACAGCCAGUGAGUAAGCUGCGAGUCCACAAGUCGAACCAGAGCCUGCAGUUCUUAGAGGACAGUCGCGUACGAGUCAACUGCUCCAUCACGUCCCAAACCAGCCCAGACUCCCAGCAUGCCGUUCUGUGGUACGCACGGAAGAGCGAAGCCGGGGAGCCGGACGAGCUGCUGCUGAAGAUCGAGCACACGGGAGCGUUCGAAUACGGAGCGUACGCGGAGGAGGAACGACUGCGCAGCCGGGUCCAGUCGGAACGUCUGUCUCCCCGUCUCUACGUCCUCACGCUGCACCGCGCCGAAACCAGCGACUCGGGAACGUACUACUGCCUGGUGGAGGAAUGGCUCACGGAUCCGGACGGAGCCUGGUACCGUCUGGCACGGGACUCCUCCGGCUUCACACGCGUGGUGGUCAAACAGCCAGCGGUCAAAUUGCAGGUGGAGGAAGUAGAGUCAAACAUAACAGUGACUGAAUCGGGAUCUAUUCGUCUGGGCUGUAGCAUCCUCUCUCAGUCCUCCAAGGACUCCCGCUUCUCCGUGUCUUGGUACGUCAUCCGUCCGGACCGCGACGAGGAGAACGAGCACGAGUGCGUGUUCUCCAUCGGACACGAUGCCGUUUUUGGCAACGGCAACUGCAGCCCCACCGAGGAGCCUGGUCCCAACUCCCGCCUACAGUUUGAACGCACCACCUCUGACCUCUACAGCCUGACUAUCCAGAAAGCGCGGCGUGGAGAUUCAGGCAGCUACUACUGCCAUGUGGAGGAGUGGCUCCUGAACCCACGCAACGCGUGGUAUCGCCUGGCAACCAACGAUUCCGGAGUUACCAUCGUCAACGUGCUAGAGCAGGUCUCUACUCUUCAGUCGGUGGUAUGCUCCAACGAUUCGCUCUUCUACUUCGUCUUCUUCUACCCUUUCCCUAUCUUCGGCAUCCUCCUUAUUGCCGUACUGCUGGUGCGAUACAAGAGCCGGACCGCCAACAAGAACCAGGAGGGCAAAAACGGAGCACCGUUGCUCUGGAUAAAAGAGCCUCACCUCAGCUAUUCCCCCACCUGUCUGGACCCCCCAGCACUCAGCCUACACCCAGGCUCUGUGGAGUAAGAGAGACGGAAAUAAAUACUGCCCACCCGCCCCACCCCCCCCCAAACUUUUCCUAUCUCUCAGCUCUCUCUCUGUUUCUUUCUCUCUCA